AUGAAGCAAAUCAUAGACUUUUUGGAGGACGUGCUUGGGCCGAGUGGUAACGAUUGCGGAAGUGCUGGUGACGGUGAACGAGCCGUGCUGGUGCCAGGAUCAGCCACCAUGUAUGAGGACUGGCCGACACUCGAGUUUCCAGAUUUCACCAAGUCAAUACUCGAUCUUUUCUCGAAGACAACAAGUGAGUCGGUGUCGUCUGCACUUUUAUCUGAACUUAUAAGUUCUAUUAACGAAGAAGAUGGUCAGACAUCAAUCAGGCUUCAAACGGACGAUCAGCUGAGAUGGUGCAUGCAGGUAUUGAAUUAUUCCCUCACGCUUUCGUUUUCUUCUCACCGCGACUUCGAGACUGUUCGUGGCGCAGUGCGCAUUUAUCUUCACUGGUUGCGAGCUCUGACUGAUUUUCCAGACGGCAAUAUCCCUACUCCGUUACUGGACACGCCUGAGAAGUAUUUUAGGAGUAUAAUUGAUGCGCUGCGUCAUCUGUUCUGUCGUCGAAGUGAAAUCAAGGGAGAGGUCCCACGUGGUCUAGCAAUCGAACGACAAGCUCGUGAGGUUGAAACUGUGUUAGAUGCCGUGCGUGAUCUGACACACACAGCACGAAGAAAGUACCAAAAUGAGGUAUGGGCUCGUAUACUUAGCUUUCUACUUAACUCGGCUGAUCUUCUUCUUGCAGAUCCACUGUUUCCUGAGGAAAUGGGAAUGCGUGUUGGAUCAAGAGUUGUCGAUACGCUUUUUGACCUUUGGUUCCAUGCAGUGCUUAACGAAGAGAUUCCUUCACCUACAUAUUGGCGAACGCUGGCGGCGUUGUGUCGGCGAUGGCGUCAUCAUGUAACCGUCGUAGAGUCUUGGGCACGCAAGCUGUUGGCAAUGACAGUCUUGGUAUGCCGAAGAAUGUAUGGCGACGACUAUUGUAAAAUUGCAAUCCACGACGAAAGUAUCACUCCGUUUGCCUUCUUGCCACCCGUUGAAGAAGAUGGUGAAGUUGAUUUACUCUACCACAGUUGGUUCAAUUUAUUUUGCCUGCUGGAUUCACCGGUGGACAUCCUCUCACACGAUCUCAUGCAGAACAAGCCAAUCAAUGGAGGUGUUUCAAGCUUUGACGAGACUGUAGAGGUUCAGGCACCAAUUUCGCUACCUCUAUGCUUUUUUCUAGCAGCUACAGCAUUGCAGAGAAUGGUUGAUGUGUUUUAUGGUGACAGUUUUGUACCUAUCGAUUUCAAAGAAUCUGAUAUUCUUGUUCAAAAAUGGACUAUGGCAACGCCAAACCCAUCUCUUGCUUCAGAAGUAAUUGGUAGUCGCCCUCGCAGUGACUUUAGCCGCGAAAAGGCAAGUACAGUGACGGACUCAACAGGGGCGUCCCGCGAUACUCGAGAUACUGACGGAACCUUAACACAUGACAUGCGCAGUUCAUUUUCUUCUUCGUCGAGCGCCAAAGAGGGCCGUAGUAUGUCGGAUAUGACGAAACGUUCCGUUCGAACGAAGCAUUCAGAGAGCGUAAUUGACGAUCAUAGUGGAGCAAAUAUGAGUUCGUCGCAGCACUCCCAACAUUCACAACAUCUCAGUUCAACAAGCGCAAGUCGCCAUACUAAUGAACAGAUCUCUCCUAAAACUGCCGAGAGUGUGAGCCAAGGACGUGUUACGGAUGCGAAACAGUCACUAAUGUCGGCAGAUAGUUCUUUACGUCCUCUUGCUCUGCAAUUUGUAGUUCAUACACUUGCAGUGAACCCAGCCUAUACACCAUGGGUGGAUGAGAAAGGGCCGAAAGCUGAACGCAUUCUAGACCUAACCAUGGAGUGGCUGUUAGCGGCGGCGCGUGCGAAGUCGGAGCACAAAGCGAAGGCGGAGGUGACUGAUGCCUGGAUAGGAGGUUGGCUCGAUGAGCAAUACAGUCUCGGGAUGGAUCCAUUUCUGUUUGAGAACGAGCUUCAUUUCAUCCUCAUAUACUCGUUCUGA